AUUCAAAGAUUUUAUUUUGAUUUAAAUACACAGUCUUGUCUUCCAUUUCAAUAUUCUGGUUGUGGUGGUAAUGAUAAUAAUUAUGAUUCUGUAACAACUUGUGAGACCACCUGUCAAUCACAGCAUAUAGCACCUGGUAUUAUUGAUCACCAUAAUUCACCAACUGGUUCCCACCCAAAAGUUUCACAUGGUACACCUUGUGGACGAGGACCAAUUCAAAGAUUUUAUUUUGAUUUAAAUACACAGUCUUGUCUUCCAUUUCAAUAUUCUGGUUGUGGUGGUAAUGAUAAUAAUUAUGAUUCUGUAACAACUUGUGAGACCACCUGUCAAUCACAG